UUGUGAUGAUGUAAUUAGCGCCGACUUCACGUUUUGAAGAUGGCAGCCGCCGUAAACACACCGACACCUGAGAUCGGUACAACUAAUCAUACCGAUGAUGGAUAUGACAAAAAAUGUAUUUUCUGUAAAAUCGUGAAGGGAGAAAUGGGAACUGAGCUCCUGCAUAACGAUGAAACUGUGUGCUGUUUCAGAGAUAUUCACCCUGGAGCUCCUCAUCACUAUCUGGUUGUACCAAGUAAACACGUGGGCAAUUGUAAAUCUCUCGGCAAAGAGCAUGUACCAUUAGUGGAGAAGUUAGUGGAAACCGGGAAGGAGAUACUUCAGAAAAACAAUGUGACUGAUUUAAGUGAUGUUAGGUUUGGCUUCCAUUGGCCUCCAUUCUGUUCUGUCACACAUCUGCAUCUCCAUGUUCUCGCACCCAUCAGUCAGAUGGGCUUCAUGUCCCGCUUAGUCUACAGGCUAAACUCGUAUUGGUUCAUUACGGCAGACCAGUUAGUCCAAAGGCUGAACUCUAUGAGCUAAAUGUAUGGGAAGUUAGAGGAACUCAAAAUAUAUUAAUGUUUGUGAUGCCCAGAGCAACGGUACUCAUAACAUCAGUCCAAGUCAAUCUGUUUAUGAUGACAAAAGGUCACAGACAUGUGCCUCAGGGUUGUAAUACUCAUAAUGCUAUGUUUUCUGUUAGUUAUGUAGUCAGCCAGACGGGCUAAUCAAAUUUGAAGCUACAAAACUGCAGCUACUUUUCAAUUGCUUUGGGGGAAAAAAGCAUGCCGAGUAGUAAUGACAUUGAUAAAUUUGACAGAAUCAUUAAUCUUUUACUCUGAACAGUUCGGAUUCUUCCAGUAAUAUGAUUUUUAAAGAUACAGAGCUGUGACAGACUUUUUAAAUAUAAAUGAGCUAAAAAUGGUAAUUAAUCUUGAAAAUUAGCUUUGGCCUUUAACCUCUCACGAAUAGGCUGAGUCUAUAGCUGAAUGAUUUUGGCAUCAGAAUAUGGCAGUGUUUUUGUUAUUGUGUGCUGCAAUAAUGAUGCAAGAGCAGUUUUGUUUUUCUUCCUUUAUGUGACACUUAGUAAAACAUUUUAACUGGAUUCAUGCCAUGACAUAGAUUGUAUUAUAUUGCAUCAGAUGUAUUUAAUUAUUGAGUGAUGUAAGGUUGUGAUUUUACUGUAUGAUAUGCAUAAGCAUGUAAACAAUAAAUAAUAACCUAGAUAUA